AUGCGCGGGGCUGGCUGGCAGACGCUGUCCCUGUGGCUGGGCUUAGUGCUGGGGGUCCUGGACGAGGUGGCGCCCCAGGCGUGCCCGGCCCAGUGCUCUUGUUCCGGCAGCACCGUGGACUGUCACGGGCUGGCGCUGCGCAGCGUGCCCAAGAAUAUCCCCCGCAACACUGAGAGGCUAGACUUGAAUGGAAAUAAUAUCACAAGGAUUACUAAAACAGAUUUUGCCGGGCUUAAACAUCUAAGAGUUCUGCAGCUUAUGGAAAAUAAGAUUAGCUCUAUUGAAAAAGGAGCAUUCCAGGAUCUUAAAGAACUGGAGCGACUGCGUUUAAACAAAAACCACCUUCAGCUGGUUCCUGAGUUGCUGUUUCUUGGGACGCCAAAGCUCUACAGGCUUGACCUCAGUGAAAAUCAAAUCCAAGCAAUUCCGCGGAAGGCUUUUCGUGGGGCAGUUGAUCUUAAAAACCUGCAGCUGGAUUACAACAGGAUCAACUGUAUUGAGGACGGGGUUUUUAGGGCUCUCAGAGACCUGGAAGUGCUCACUCUCAACAAUAACAACAUCACUAGACUUUCUGUGGCAAGUUUCAACCAUAUGCCUAAACUUAGGACUUUUCGACUCCAUUCCAACAACUUGUAUUGUGAUUGCCACCUGGCCUGGCUCUCUGACUGGCUGCGCCAGAGGCCGAGGGUGGGCCUCUACACCCAGUGUAUGGCCCCGGCCCCGCUGAAGGGACACAAUGUCGCCGAGGUUCAGAAACGAGAAUUUCUCUGCAGCGCACACCAGUCUUUCUUGGGCCCAUCUUGUAGCAUUCUACACUGCCCGGCUGUCUGUACCUGUAGCAACAACAUCGUGGACUGUCGUGGGAAGGGCUUGACUGAGAUCCCCUUAAAUCUGCCAGAGACCAUCACAGAAAUGCGUUUUGAACAGAACUCAAUCAAGGUCAUCCCACCAGGAGCUUUCUCGCGGUACAAGAAACUCAAACGAAUCGAUCUGAGCAAUAAUCAGAUCUCGGAACUGGCGGCGGAUGCGUUCCAAGGACUGCGCUCCCUGAAUUCUCUAGUCCUCUAUGGAAAUAAAAUCACAGAUCUCCCAAAAAACUUAUUUGAAGGACUUGUUUCCUUACAGCUUUUAUUGUUGAAUGCCAACAAGAUAAACUGCCUUCGUGUAGAUGCUUUUCAGGACCUGCACAACUUGAACCUCCUCUCCUUGUACGACAACAAGCUCCAGACCAUCGCUAAGGGCACCCUUUCACCUCUGCGGGCCAUUAAGACGAUGCAUUUGGCUCAGAACCCAUUUAUUUGUGACUGCCAUCUGAAGUGGCUGGCGGAUUAUCUCCAUGACAACCCCAUAGAGACCAGUGGGGCCCGCUGCACCAGCCCCCGCCGGCUGGCCAACAAAAGAAUUGGCCAGAUCAAAAGCAAGAAAUUUCGUUGUUCAGCUAAAGAACAGUAUUUCAUUCCAGGUACAGAAGAUUAUCGAUCAAAAUUAAGUGGAGACUGCUUUGCAGAUAUGGCUUGUCCUGAAAAGUGCCGCUGUGAAGGGACCACAGUCGAUUGCUCCAAUCAGAAACUCAGUAAAAUCCCAGACCACAUCCCCCAGUACACGGCAGAGCUGCGUCUCAAUAAUAAUGAAUUCACUGUGUUGAAAGCCACUGGAAUCUUUAAGAAACUCCCUCAAUUGCGUAAAAUAAACUUUAGCAACAAUAAGAUCACAGACAUUGAAGAGGGAGUGUUUGAAGGAGCAUCUGGAGUCAAUGAAGUACUUCUUACAAGUAAUCGUUUGGAAAAUAUCCGGCAUAAGAUGUUCAAAGGAUUGGAAAGCCUCAAAACUUUGAUGUUGAGAAGUAAUCACAUAAGCUGUGUGGGGAAUGACAGUUUCAUAGGACUGAGCUCCGUGCGUUUGCUUUCUCUGUACGAUAAUCAAAUUACGACCGUGGCCCCGGGAGCAUUUGAUUCUCUCCAUUCUUUAUCUACGCUAAACCUCUUAUCCAAUCCUUUUAACUGCAACUGCUACCUGGCAUGGUUGGGGGAGUGGCUUAGGAAGAAAAGAAUUGUAACAGGAAAUCCUAGAUGUCAGAAACCAUACUUCCUAAAAGAAAUCCCCAUCCAGGAUGUGGCCAUUCAAGACUUCACUUGUGAUGAUGGAAAUGAUGACAACAGCUGUCUCCCUCUCUCUGGCUGCCCCGUGGAGUGCACCUGCUUGGAUUCCGUGGUCCGAUGCAGCAACAAGGGCUUGAAGAUGCUGCCAAAAGGCAUUCCUCGGGACGUCACUGAGCUGUAUCUGGAUGGGAACCAGUUCACCCUGGUUCCCAAGGAACUCUCUAACUACAGACAUUUAACGCUUAUAGACUUAAGCAAUAACCGAAUCAGCACCCUUUCUAAUCAGAGCUUCAGGAACAUGACCCAGCUCCUCACCCUAAUUCUCAGCUACAACCGUCUCAGAUGCAUCCCUCCACGCACUUUCGAUGGACUGAAGUCACUUCGAUUGCUCUCCCUGCAUGGGAAUGACAUUUCUGCUGUCCCCGAAGGCGUUUUCAAUGACCUCGCUGCGCUCUCUCAUCUAGCAAUUGGUGCCAAUCCUCUCUAUUGUGACUGUAAUAUGCAGUGGUUGUCUGACUGGGUAAAGUCAGGAUACAAGGAGCCAGGAAUCGCUCGCUGCGCUGGUCCUAGAGAAAUGGCAGAUAAACUCCUACUCACUACUCCCUCUGUAAAAUUCACCUGUGAAGGGCCAGUAGAUGUUAAUAUUCUUGCCAAAUGCAGUCCGUGUUUAUCGAACCCAUGUAAGAAUCAUGGUACCUGUAAUGAUGACCCAGUGGACUUCUAUCGAUGCACCUGUCCGUAUGGUUUCAAGGGCCAGGACUGUGAUGUCCCCAUCCAUGUGUGUAUCAGCAACCCAUGCAAACAUGGAGGAACUUGCCACUUAAUAGAAGGAGAAAAAGAUGGAUUCAGGUGCGCUUGCGCUGAGGGCUUUGAAGGAGAGACCUGUGAGCUCAAUAUCGACGAUUGCGAGGAUAAUGACUGUGAGAAUAACUCGACGUGUGUCGAUGGUGUCAAUAACUACACGUGCCUUUGCCCGCAGGAGUACACAGGUGAGUUGUGUGAGGAGAAGCUGAACUUCUGUCCUCAGGACCAGAACCCGUGUCUACAUGACUCCAAGUGCAUCGUGACACCACAAGGAUUCAAAUGUGACUGUGCCCCAGGAUACUCAGGCGAGCGUUGCGAAAUCAAUAUUGAUGACUGUAAAGACAACAAAUGUCAAAAUGGAGCCCGCUGCACUGACGCAGUGAAUGGCUAUGCCUGCAUCUGCGCCACCGGAUACAGUGGCUUGUUCUGUGAGUUUCCUCUACCCAUGGUCUUCCCUGGUACCAGCCCUUGUGAUAAUUUUGAUUGUCAGAAUGGAGCUCAGUGCAUCACCAGGACAAAUGAGCCGAUAUGCCAGUGUUUACCGGGCUACCAGGGACAGAAGUGUGAAAAGUUGGUCAGUGUGAAUUUUGUAAGCAAAGAAUCUUAUCUUCAGAUCCCUUCAGCCAAAGUUCAGCCUCAAACAAACAUCACGCUUCAGAUCGCCACGGACGAAGACAGUGGGAUCCUCCUGUAUCAGGGCAACAGACAGCAUGUGGCGGUAGAGCUCUACCGGGGACGCGUGCGUGCCAGCUACGAUACCGGCACUCAGCCCAUUUCUGCCAUUUACAGUGUGGAGACGAUCAAUGAUGGGAACUUCCAUAUCGUGGAACUGCUUGCCCUGGAUCAGAGCCUCUCCCUUUCCGUGGAUGGAGGGAUCCCCAAAGUCAUCAGCAACUUGUCCAAGCAGUCCACUCUGAAUUUAGACUCCCCACUCUAUGUAGGAGGCAUGCCUGGGAAGAACAGCGUGGCGGCUGCCCUGCGCCAGGCCCCUGGGCAGAACGGCACCAGCUUCCACGGCUGCAUCCGGUCCCUGUACAUCAACAGCGAGCUGCAGGACUUCCGGAAGGUGCCGAUGCAGAGAGGCAUCCUGCCGGGCUGUGAGCCCUGCCACCAGAACGUGUGCAUCCACGGCACCUGCCUGCCCAGCAGCCGCUCCAGCUUCUCCUGCGAGUGUGAGGAAGGCUGGAUUGGGCCCCUGUGCAGCCAGAGGAGCAGCGACCCCUGUCUGGGAAACAAGUGUGUCCACGGUACCUGCAUGCCCAUCAAUGGCUUCUCCUACAGCUGCCAGUGCCUGGGAGGCUACGGAGGCGUCCUGUGUGACGAAAAGCAGGAGAUGCCUAACCCCUGCCAGUCCAUCAAAUGUAAGCAUGGCAAGUGCAGGCUCUCGGGGCUCGGGCAGCCCUAUUGCGAAUGCAGCAGCGGAUACACUGGUGACAGCUGCGAUCAGGAACUCUCUUGUCGAGGAGAACGGGUACGAUAUCACCACCAAAAGCAACAGGGCUAUGCCGCUUGCCAAACCACCAAGAAAGUGUCCCGCCUGGAAUGCAAAGGUGUCUGUGCAGGAGGGCAGUGCUGUGGACCUCUGAGGACCAAGAGACGGAAAUACUCUUUCGAAUGCACUGAUGGUUCCUCGUUUGUGGACGAGGUGGAGAAGGUGGUGAAGUGCGGCUGCACAAGGUGCCCCUCCUAG